UCCGGAGGACUGAUGGGCACUUCCGGGCGGCCCUGGAGCGCGGUGGGCGCCCGGCCCGAGUGCCGGUGGCCGCUCUCGGUACGGGGCGGCCGUCGCCGAGAGGCCGCUCCGGGCGGCGGGGAGCCCGCCAGAGCCCCGGCGGUGCUGGUUGGGCCUCCGGCCGCCGUUCUCUCGGACCCGGCGGUGGCCCGGCCACCGCGAGGGCGCUUCUCCGCGGGUGCCGGUGGCAGCGGCGGCCGCCCGCCCCCGAGCCCGGGGCGGUGUUCAGCGGGGGUCAGGCGCGAGCGGUGCCGAAGGCCGCACCGGGCCGCGGGGGCCGCGCCGCGGGGGCCGCCGGCCGGAGCGGCGCUGGGGAGGGAGGUCUGGCAGUGCCCCCGAGGGGUCUGGGGCUGCCGGCCCCGUCGGCGGCCGCUCCCACGGCUCCGGUCGGGCUGGCCCCGUGUUUCAGGGGCCCGGUUGACUAAUCUGCUGCUCCCGAUCGCAGCGAGCGCCCGGGGAGGGUCCCGGUUCUCUGCGGCUGCAGGAAAAAAGAGACGGAGCGCCGGGGAGAGGGUGCCGUGGCAGCUCUACUUGGAAGUAACAAAUACCGGUGGGCUGGGGGUGGGGGCGUCGCUCCCCCAGAGCGGCUGUGGUCACAUUCGGGUGGUUGUGCGCUUCAAACCAGGGACGUUGGAAAUCCCAGGAAAAACAACAGAAGGACCUUGGUGUGACCAGAGGUUGGACAAGUGCUUUUGCCCAGCUCAGUUGCUCCAGGAUUUUGCACUUCCAGUGUCCCACCAGUCCUUUUUUUGGGAGCCCCAAAUCCCUGGAGGAACAAACGCGCGUGCAGCAGAGAUACCACAGCACCAAACUGCCGGCUGUGCCACAACCGGUGGCCACCCCAGACCAUCGCUGCUGCGCUGACAGGAGCCCGAGUGCCUGCCACCCCCUCGGCCGACAGCACGUCCAACGGAAGCCACGGAGGCAAAGGCGGGCUGCAGCGAGGACGGACGCAUCGCAGCAGCACACCGAGCGCCAAAUCAAGGAACAGACAACUGCUGGAGACGCCGCCGCCCGCUCCUUGGCUGCAGCUUUUUUUGUCGCACCAGCAACCGGAGCAGGGGACAGAGGGCUCCCAGCCCCACAUGGACCCAGGCACCUGUGGCUCCGAGGCAGGAGCGAGCCAGGGAGACGCCAGGGCAGGUGACGGCCGGGAAGAGAGCCCAGAGAGGAGGGGCAUGUCCCCUGGGCAGGAGACAGCGCGGGAGCGUGGUGGUGGUGCCAGGGUGGCACGGUCGCACCCCAACACCUGCGAGGCGUGCGGGAAGAGCUUCAGCCUGCGCUCCAACCUGCUGACCCACCGCCGCAGCCACCUGGGUGAGCGGCCCUACGCCUGCCCUGAGUGCGGGCGCUGCUUCGGGCAGAGCUCCCACCUCCUCACCCACCAGCGGCUGCACACCGGCGAGCGGCCCUACCGCUGCCGUGACUGCGGCCGCAGCUUCAAUGUCAACUCGGACCUGGUGAAGCACCGGCGGACGCACACCGGCGAGCGGCCCUACCCCUGCCCCGAGUGCGGGCGCCGCUUCGGCAGCAGCUCCAACCUCACCCGGCACCAGCGGCUGCACACGGGCGAGCGGCCCUACCGCUGCCCCGACUGCAGUGAGAGCUUCCGGGACUGCCCCUCGCUCACCAUCCACCGCCGCGCCCACACCGGCGAGCGGCCCUACCCCUGCCCAGCGUGCGGCAAGGCCUUUGCCGACAGCUCGCUGCUGGCCAAGCACCAGCGCACGCACCGCGCCGAGAAGUCCUUCACCUGCCCUGACUGUGGCAAGAGCUUCUCCACCAGCUCCUACCUGCUGCGACACCGGCGCACCCACCUGCCCGAGAAGCCGUACCGCUGCGGGGAGUGCGGCCGGGGCUACAGCCAGUUUGCCCACCUCACCACCCACCAGCGGGUGCACACGGGCGAGCGGCCCUACGUCUGCCCCGAGUGCCGCAAGAGCUUCACCACCAGCUCGGCACUCACCAAGCACAAGCGCAUCCACACCGGCGAGCGGCCCUACGUCUGCCCUGACUGCGGCAAGAGCUUCACCCAGAGUUCCAACGUCAUCACCCACUGGCGCCUGCAGCACGGCAAGUCCCUCUGAUGGCCCCAGCCGUGCUGCCCCUUCGCCAGUACCGGCGUCCCCCACCCCGAGGUUUUUCUGUGUGGCGAUCGGCAAUAAAAUCUGCCAUCCUGCA